UGAAGAGCACCACCCCACGGCUGUCGCCAUCUCCACUCAUCUCAAUUCGUAGCCAUGAUGCUGUCACGAGCUGCGCGCCCGGCUCUGAGGGCUGGUAUGGCCGCCGCCGCCGCCCGGCCUGCUGCCCUUACCGCCACCAACGCCGCCGGUUAUGCCACUCUCCGUGAAAUUGAGGGCCGCCUCAAGUCGAUUCGCAACAUUGAAAAGAUCACCAAGACGAUGAAAGUUGUCGCCUCGACCAAGCUCACCCGCGCCCAGAAGGCCAUGACCGAGUCCCGCAGGUACGGUCAGACGUCGAACCAAGUCUUCGAGAGCGCCGAGACCAAGCCAAUUGAGAACGAGGGCAAGAAGAGCCUCGUCGUUGUCUGCAGCUCUGACAAGGGUCUCUGCGGUGGUAUCCACUCUGGAAUGUCGAGGAAGGUCAGGAGGAUGCUCGCUGAGAACCCGGAUGUGGACCUGGCCGUCAUUGGCGAAAAGUGCAAGGCGCAGCUGGGCCGUUCCAACGGAAAGAACAUGGUCCUCUCUUUUGCGGGUGCCGGAAAGGACGUGCCCACGUUUGCCGACUCUCUGUGCAUUGCCGACCAGAUCUCGAUGCUCCCCACCGACUACGCCUCGAUCAAGAUUGUCUACAACAAGUUCAUCAACGCCACAAGCUACGAGCCCAUUAUCCAAGAGGCUUACUCCGAGGAGGCCAUUGCUCAGUCCGCCAACUUCUCUGCGUUCGAGAUUGAGGACGAGGUGCUCCCCAACCUCCGCGAGUACGCUCUUGCCAACUCGCUCUUCUGGGCGCUGGCUGAGGGCCAUGCUUGCGAGCAGUCUGCGCGCCAAAACGCCAUGGACAAUGCUUCCAAGAAUGCGGGCGAGAUGAUCAACAAGUUCCAGAUUCUGUACAACCGAACGCGUCAAGCCGUCAUUACCGGUGAGCUCGUCGAGAUCAUUACUGGUGCGGCGGCUUCCGAGGGCUAAGCGCUCGACGAGGGUUAGACUUUGAUAUGCCGAACAUGUGGCACCCUGUGCCUUCUGUGGGCGGGCUGUGUAGAAUAUCAAUGUGUUCAUAGCUCUCGUGUAUCAGCCCGGUGGUGGGAAAGUCGGUUGCCGCAUUCACGUAUCGCCCUGUGUCAUGCCUGCCUGCCUGCUUGAGUGCUUGACUGCGCGCGUGUCGCACUUAGUCAUGCCAUAUACCCGUGAGGCCAUUAAUGCUGCCGAUCGACUCGGCUCCAGACACAAGUGCCGUGAUGAGAACGAGCACUCCCCCGGCAGCUCGCACUUGGCGGCAGUUGGGCGCAGGCGUGAUCGGGCAAAACUAGAAAC